AUGAAGGAAACCGAGGUGCUGGACGUCUUCGGUAACGAGGAUGGUGCCGAUAUCCAAUACAAGACUAUGACCUGGUGGCAAGGUGCUAUGAUCAUGAUCGCCGAGAACAUCUCGCUCGGUAUUCUGUCUCUCCCAGCCGUCCUCAAGACCAUCGGCUUGGUCGGUGGUAUCAUCGCCAUUCUUCUCAUGGGUAUUAUCACCACCUACUCUGGUUACACUCUUUGGCAGUUCCGCAUGAGAUAUCCUCAGGUCUCCUCCUUCGGUGAUGUCGGUCAGAUUCUCAUGGGCAGAGUCGGACGUGAGAUCUUCGGUUUCGCCUACGUUACUUUCUGCGUCUUCUGCAUGGCUUCUCACGUCUUGACAUUCAUCAUCGCGAUGAACACUCUUACCAACCACGGAACUUGCAGCAUCGUCUUCGGUAUCGUCGGACUGGUCCUCUUCUUCCUUCUUACCAUCCCUCGCACGAUGAAGAAUGUGUCUUUCCUGGCCAUCGCAUCUUUCAUCUCUAUUCUUGCAGCUGUCAUGAUCACCAUGAUUGCUCUCGGUGUCAACCCUCUUGAGGGACGCACUAUUGUCAACGCCGCUCAUCCCAACUUCCCUACCGCCUUCAACAGUGUCUCCAACAUUGUCUUCGCCUACGGUGGACACGCCGCUUGGUUGAGUUUCAUCAGCGAGCUCCGUGACCCCAAGGACUACCCUAAGGCUUUGAUGACUCUUCAGGCCGUCGACACUUCGCUCUACCUGGUUGCUGCUGUUGUCAUCUACUACUUCGCUGGUGAUAUGGUCACUAGUCCCGCUCUGAGCAGUGCUUCCCCUCUUGUUUCCAAGAUCGCCUGGGGCAUUGCUUUGCCCACCAUCAUCAUCGCCGGUGUCAUCUUCGGUCACGUCACCGCCAAAUACAUCUACAUCCGUCUCUUCGCCGGAACCAAGCACCUCCACAGCCGUGGUGUUGUUGCCACUUCUUCCUGGUUCGCCAUCAUCUUCGGUAUCUGGUUCGUUGCAUGGAUCCUUGCCGAGUCGAUCCCCAACUUCAGCAACUUGCUCGGAUUUGUCGCCGCUCUCUUCGCCUCGUGGUUCAGUUACGGACUUCCCGGUGUCAUGUGGCUGUACAUCAUGAAGGGCAGCUGGUUCAGCGGUCCCAAGAAGAUUUUCCUCUUCUGCUGCAACGUCAUCUUGGUGCUUUUGGGUAUCAUCAUCUGCGUUGUCGGUCUUUACGCGUCGGGCACCGAACUUGCUAAGGACACUGGCGGCAAGGCUUGGUCUUGCGCCGACAACUCUUAA